GCACCAAGUAGCGGAGAUGUUCUAUCAUGCGUAUGACGGUUACAAGCGAUUCGCCUUUCCCCAAGACGAGCUGAAGCCUCUCAGCUGCUCUGGGUCCAAUCCCUAUGGUGGCAUGGCGAUGACGCUCAUGGAGAGCCUAGGCACGCUGCUGCUCUUGGGCAACGUAUCAGAGUUCAACUGGGGCGUGGAGUACCUCUCUCAGCAUCUCUCCUUUGAUCUGGAUAUACGCGUCAACGUGUUUGAGGCCAACAUAAGGGCGCUAGGGAGCCUCCUAUCCGCCCACAUGCUUAUCCUGCAAAGCCGCGACCCCGCGCUGCCACCUGUCCAUCCCUCAUUGGCCGGCGUGCAUCUGGCACCUGGGUACAACGGCCGUCUUCUGGAGCUGGCUAUUGAUCUGGGCUUCAGACUUCUCCCUGCUUUCUCUUCAGGCACGCCCAUCCCCUACGCGUGGGUGAACCUGCGAAGGGGAGUUCUUCCAGACGACGUGACACACACAUGCACUGCUGGCGCCGGCACGCUGCUGCUGGAGUUCAGUGCGCUCUCAAACCUCUCCGGCAUUCCCAUCUUCCAGGAGAAGGCAGAGGCAGCAGUGGUGGCUCUGUACAGGCGGAGGUCGCCCCUGAACCUUGUGGGCAAUGGAAUCAGCAGCACAUCAGGAGUGUGGCUGCAGAGGGAAUCCACAGCAGGAGCUGGCAUUGACUCGUUCUUUGAGUACCUCCUCAAGGGCUACCUGCUGCUGGGAAAGAGCACUUUUCGCCGAAUGUUUUCCAAGGUUUAUUCUGGUGCAAUGCGGUACAUGGCGGUACGGGGGGAGUCCAUGGUGCGCUGGCUGCUAGAUGUGGGCAUAGACAACGGGCAUCUGGGCCGGCACUAUGCCUCGUCCCUCCAAGCGUUCUGGCCCGCCAUGCAGGUUCUUGCCGGGCAGACCGCGGAUGCCCGAGUCAUCCACAGUGGCCUAUGGGCAGUGUGGAAAAGGUUUUCCUUCCUGCCCGAGCUUUUCAGCGUGACUGCUUCAGCCGUUCAUCCAGUGGAAAGGGGAUACCCACUGCGGCCUGAGAUGGCAGAGAGUGCUUACUUCCUCUUCAAGGCCACAGGCAACCACACGUACCUGGAGAUCGGGAGGGAUAUUGCUGCAGCCCUCAACACAGUCACACGCACAGGUUGUGGGUUUGCAAGUGUUGGCGACGUGCAGACACAUCGCCUUGACGACCACAUGGAGUCAUUUCUGCUCUCUGAAACACUUAAGUACCUCUACCUCCUCUUCUCCCCUCACAUCGACAUCGCCGCCCGGUUCGUUUUCUCCACAGAAGGUCAUCUCCUGUCGCUGAACCUUCCCAGAAUCUUCCGUGUCGUCUGCCCGUCCGAAGACCACCCUGACAUGUCGCCAGCUGGCGACUGCCGAGUGGUUGCUGCCACUGCUGACAUGGAUGCUGACGUGGACACUGAUGUGGAUGCUGACAUGUCGCAAUCCGCCUUGCAGGCUCCAAACGAGGCACAGAAACCCCCGGAUGAAUCACAAAGACCACAGUCACAACCCCCCUUGCUCGAGAAGCAACAGCCCUCGUUUGAGUCACGCAAACCCUCGUCUGAAUCACGCAAGCCCUCGUUUGAGGCACGCGUGUGUGAGGACUCUCUUUCCGCCCUGGGCUCUCUAGUAGAUCCGGACUUGGCUUUAAGGCGACAGCUGGUUUGUGAGGCAGUGGUGGGGACGUUUGGGAGGGAGGAGCAUGGAGGAAAGGGGUGGUAUGCUAUAAGUGAGAAGGGGAGCGUGGAGGGUUCAAGGGAGAAGGAAGCGGAGACAAGGGAGGAAGGUUUGAAGGAGAUGGAAGAAAGGGAGACAAGGGAGAGGAGAGAGCGGAGAAUGGGGAGGGACGAGAGAAAGCGGAGAUUAGAGAGAGCUAGGGAAAGAGAGAGGAGGAAGGAAGUGGCCGAGAAAAACUUAGACGAGCGGCAGAGGGACAUGCAACGAGAACGAGAGUUGAGACGACUCAGAACGCAAGCAGCAGGGCUGCGGCUGAUGCAGGGGAGGAGGGACGAGAGAUGGAGGAGCCCUCUAGAGGAGGAGGUGUCUCGACUUGCUUCCUUCAUCAGAUUCCAGGAGCGGCAGAGGGAGCAGCAACUAGCGGCAGCCGCCGUCGCAGCAGCAGCAGCAGCAGCAGCAGCAGGGGGAGAGGAGGGAGCAGAGGGAGCAGGGCGAGAGGGUGUGGGUGAACAGGGGCAGUGUCCUGCAGGAGACCUGGACAAUAUUUUUCCCGAUGCUGCUGCCGCUGCCGCUGCUGCUGGUGCUGGUGCGGGUGGUACUGGUGAUGCUGCUAUGGGUGGAAGGCGGUUGGGAGGGGUGGUGUCGCGAGUCAUUGGUAACCAGCGUCUGCUGUGCUAUUUCAUGGUGGAUGCUUCACACGGCCCCUCCUGCUUUGCCUGGAACGCCCUCCCUGCUGCCUUCCCCUACCUUCAGGGUUUCCAGACCUUAACAGUCCCAGCAGAACCCACCUGUGUGGUGUGCCUGCUUGUAUGGUUGUGUCCCCCCAUGCUUCCCCUUUGCUCCCUGCCCACAUCCCUCUCCCCCCAUCCCUCACCAAUUCCCCUGGAGCACAAGAGCACGUGCAAGCCGCGCCGCGCUCCCCUGUGUGAGCACAAGGUCCCAGCAGCGCCCCCCUGUGUGGUGCGCCUGGUUAACUUCCCCCCACCCGAGAAUGAGGGUUCCUCCGGACAUCAAACGAAUGUGACUGUGCGAGAGGAUUCAGAUGUAGUCACGUCUGGUGAGGAAACAGCAGCGCGUGAUGGUGUGUCUUUGGGGAAAAGCAACCCUUCAUCAGGAGACGUAUCCGAAAAAGGAUCGGAAGCAGCGGCAGAAGGGACAGGUUCGGAUGCAGUCACGUCUGGUGAGGAAACAGCAGCGUGUGAUGGAGUGUCACCAGGGAAAGGCAACCCUUCACCAGGAGACAUAUCCGAAGAAGGAUCGGAAGCAGCGGCAGAGGGAUUAGCAGCAGGAGAUGAAUCCUCAUCAGCAGCAGAAGGAUUAGCAAGAGGAAAAGGAUCAGCAGCAGGAGAAACACCAGGGGUAGGGGAUUCUGAUCCGGCAGUACGAAUCCCUUCGGUUAGUCUAGGCAAUGCAGAUGGCGCUCUGCUAUUGGCUGUCAUGCGAGGGCAGAUGAGUGUGAGAGAGGCUGCUAGGCGGAAGGCAGAGGGCGCUGAGGGGGAGAGGGAGGGGGAAAGUGAGGGAGGGAGUGAGGGAGAGAGUGAAGAUGGGAGUGAGGGAGUGCGUGAGGUGGAGAGUGAGAGAGAGAGCGAGGUCAAUUCUGGGAUUGUGCAAGACGGGACGGAAGGGGAGAACGAGUCUGGCUGUGAAGGGGUGGGUGGGGAAGAGUUUUCGGGCAGGAAUAAAAAAGAGGAAUGCAAGGAUCAAAGGGAUCAAGAGGGUUCAAAAGCACAUGGUAGUGGGGUGGAAGACGAAGGGGGAGGGGAUGGACUAAGCAGAUUGGAUGAUGGACGAGGACCGAAGGUGUGGGUGAAGCUGUUUUGCCCGAAGAAAAGGACGGAGGAUGAUCAGCCCGUUUUGUUUGAUGUGGACGUCAGCGUGCCACCGCAAUCACCAUUGCAAAUGCAGCAAGCUGUGAAUGCACUGAUCAUUCUGCUCAAAGGGGGGCACCUGAAUCGGCUCUUGACCUUUGCAUAA